AUGAUGGAAAUACUAAAGUGUGCGAUAUUGUGCAUCAGUUUUUAUCUAGUCCAUUCUUAUGAAGUGCCAAGGGCGAAAUUUCAAGCUAUUUACCCGAAAGGAUUGAAAGUUUCUAUACAAGACGAUGGCUUCACGUUGGCUGCAUUCCAUGGUAAGCUGAACGAAGAAAUGGAUGGCUUGGAAGGCGGAACAUGGUCCGCAGAUAUCAGCAAAGCCGAAAAUGGAGAAUGGGUGUUCAGAGAUAAUAAUGUGGAAUUAAAAAUUGGCGACAAGAUAUACUUCUGGACGUAUAUCAUUAAAGAUGGUUUAGGUUAUAGACAAGACGACGGGGAGUGGACUGUCGAUGGAGCAGCGGCCAUCUGCGCAAAGGACGGCGCAGGUGCGAGUGGCGCAUCAACCCCGAGGGCAGUGGCCGGCGCGGCGGCGGAUGCGGCAGGCGCGGCGGCGGGCGCGGCAAGCGCGGCGGCGGGCGCGGCAAGCGCGGCGGCGGGCGCGGCAAGCGCGGCGGCGGGCGCGAUACGCGCGGCGGCGGGCGCGACAGGCGCGGCGAGCGCGGCGGUAGGCGCGGCGGCGGGCGCGGACGGUGCGGCGCGGAGGCAGGGCGCCGGAGGCGCGGCGCGCAAGGCUGGCGCGGGUGGUGCGACGGGCGCGGCAGUAGCGGCGGGCUCCGUAACGGGGAGCGCGAGCCUACGCCGCAACCGAGGAAGCGCCCUCGGGGAACCCCGCGGCGCAGGUGGGACGUCCCCAGCCAGGGACCGAAACAUCGCGUCCAGGGUCUCAGGCGAGCCCUGCGAAAGCGGAGGAAGUGGGACUCUAUUGAGUCUGGAGAGCGGAUGGGAGAGGUGUCGCAGUUACGUCGACGAAUUGGGUAAUCCAGUAAGCGUUGUCGAUGGAACAACAGCUGCCCCAACUACACAACCGCCUUCCACGACAACAGAAACGCCUACCACGACAACUGAGGCCCCUACCACGACAACAGAGGCGCCAAAGCCGAAACCAACAACAGAAGCCAGCCAAGAUCCAUACAAAUACCCUUGCGAGAUAUCCUUGAGUAAGGUUACAACACCUGGCUUUGUCUGCAAGGGACAAUUGCUAUUUGAAGAUACCUUUGACGGGGACAUUGAUAAGGGCAGAAUAUGGACACCGGAAAUCAAAAUGCCUGGACCACCUGAUUACCCAUUCAACGUGUAUUUAUACGACAAAAAUAUUCGGACAAGGGAUGGAAAACUAAUAAUCGAACCAAUGACUUUGGAGUCAAAAUACGGUGAUGGCUUCAUCUGGCAGGCUUUGGACCUUACUCUCAAAUGUACUGGUAAAAUCGGAACACCAGAUUGCUACCGAGAAGCUGCCGGCCCAGAAAUAUUACCACCUAUAAUCACGGGAAAGAUAAACAGCAAAAGAAGUUUUAGCUUCAAGUACGGGAAAAUAGAGGUUGUAGCGAAAAUGCCUCUUGGAAACUGGCUUAUUCCAGAGAUUCAACUUGAGCCGCGCUUCUACGAAUACGGAACGAGGAGAUAUGCCUCCGGAUUGUUGAGGAUCGCACUCGUUAAGGGAAACGUGGAAUUCGCGAAGAAGCUCGUCGGUGGACCAGUUAUGUCAGAUACAGAACCGUUUAGGAGCAUGUACUUAAAGGAAAAGGUUGGAUACGAUAAUUGGAAUAAGGAUUAUCACAAUUAUACUUUGGUGUGGAAACCAGAUAUAAUCGAACUGUUUGUGGAUGGCGAUAAGUAUGGUGAGGUAGACCCUGGUGAGGGUUUUUACCAAGAAGCGAGAAAACACCACGUUAGAGCAGCCUCAAGAUGGCUCACAGGAUCGGCUAUGGCGCCAUUUGAUGAACUGUUCUAUAUAUCUCUCGGUCUUCGAGUUGGUGGAAUCCACGAGUUCCCAGAUGCUCACAAUAAGCCCUGGAAGAACCGUUCAGCAAAAGCCAUGCUGCAGUUCUGGCAAAACCGGGACGAAUGGUUUCCCACUUGGUUCGCUGACACUAGUCCAUUGAGGGUAGAUUCCGUCAGAGUUUAUGCUCUGUGA